UUGAAAAAUGCGUGCUUAAAUUUUUUACUUUGUUUUUAAAAAUAAAAUUUUUUGAAGCUGCUGUUGAAAUUUGCAUCAAAAGGGAAAAAGAAAAAGCUAGUGAAAUUGACCGAUAUUUCUGCUUAGUUUCUUCAUAAUUGCUAAAUAUAUUUAAUUUUGUAUUAUACUCUGGACGAAAAUCUACGGAACAAACUAAUAUGUUGUCAACUCCAAAAGAAAAAGGUCUUUGAAACAAGCAAUAUCUUUUGUAUGCUUUAACGAGAAGUUCUUAUAGACCAUGCAUCAUCUCUUGAAUACUACAUUUAUUGUUUUUGAUUUGCUGCAUUAUGUUUGAAGAAAUAAUUUUUCCUCCUACAUUAUCGCCCAAACUACUUGGGGCAUGUUCAACUGGUAAUAAGAGUGUACUGAAGAAGUUAAUCUCUUCUCUACCUUCUUAUGCAUUAGAGCAAAAGGAUAAACUUGGAAGAACACCACUUAUUUUGAGCACUGUUUACGAUCACACUGAUUGUGUUUCACUUUUACUGAAGGCUGGAGUACAAGUGGAUAAUAAUGAUAACAAGGGACAAACAGCACUCCAUGCAGCUGCAGCAAAAGGAUUCAGUCAAUGUGUUAAACUUUUACUUCAACAUAAAGCUUCAGUACAGUGUAGAAAUUUUGAUGGUGCUACUCCGUUACAUUAUGCAGCAAUUUCCCCAAAUCUGAAAUGCUUGUCACGGAUUUUAAAGAAAUUGAAGCCUGGUGAGAUUGAUUUGCAAGAUGCUACAAGAAAAACCCCAUUGCAUUGGAGUGCAGCAUAUGCGUGUCUGGAGCAUCUGAAAAUGCUUUUAGCCCGGGAUGCUCAUAUCUGUAUUCCUGAUAAAGAAGGUAAAACACCACUGCACUUUGUUGUUCUCCGUAAAGAAUCUAAGGCCCUAGAAAUUGUUAAGAUUUUGUUGGAUCAUGAAAGCACUCUCAUUAAUUGGCAAGAUUACGGAGGUCGUUCUGCUCUUCAUCUUGCUGUAUCAAGUGGCAGUGUUGAAAUAGUGCAUCAUUUGAUUGAUACUCCUCCUUCAACUGCUGCAGUAUGGAAAUCGAGCAAAUGGAGAGAUUUCUAG